AUGUCGCAUCUUCAAACCUUCUCCCUUUUGGCCUGCAUUUUCGUUCUAGCCAGCGCCGGCAUUGAAGAAUACGAGGAAAUGUCGGGUAGUCUUGAUGGCUCCGCCGAGGCAAUUGAAGAAGCCCUGAGCCCCGAAAAACUCAAGCCCUUGGAAGGCUGUACAGUGAACGGGAAGGUCUACAAGGACGGCGAAACCUUUCUGUCCAAUGGGAAUUUCAUCAAGAGAUGUAGAGUUGUGGACUUGGGCUUCCGCACCGAGAUCGUCGCCUGUGUUUUGCGCAAGAUGAAGAAGAGACUGGGUGUGGGCAGAUCGGCCACAUACGGAGGAUUCAAAUAUAGCUGCAAAAAGAGUGGCGACGGCAUCGUAACAUUGGAGGCGGUGUAUCAGGGAAGUGGAAGAGGGCCGCAAAACGAAUACGAUUAA